UUCCACGUCCCUUCCUCUCUAAGAAAUCCACGUCUCUUCCUUUUUCCUAAUCUCAAUUUUGAGAUUUCCAAUUUGUAAUAAUAUUAUCCUCACACGCUUCGCCCGAAUCAAAACGCCAUCUCGAUUUCUUACGCUCCGAGAAAGAAUCGUAUAAAUUUUGCGAGUUCAGAGCUUUCGGUUUUGAAGGUUCUCAAAUCUUGAAUCCACCAUGCUUCACAGGAGCUUCAAGCCUGCCAAAUGCAAAACGGCAUUGAAGCUUGCGGUUUCGCGGAUAAAGCUAUUGAAGAACAAGAAGGAUGCACAGGUGAAGCAGAUGAGGAGGGAAUUGGCCCAGUUGCUUGAGACUGGCCAGGACCGGACUGCGAGAAUCCGGGUUGAACAUGUGGUCAGAGAAGAGAAGACAAAGGCAGCAUUCGAACUUAUCGAGAUAUAUUGCGAGCUUAUUGCUGCACGCUUGCCUAUGAUUGAGUCACAAAAAAAUUGCCCCAUUGAUCUGAAGGAAGCAAUUACAAGUGUAGUAUUUGCAUCUCCAAGAUGUGCAGACAUACCAGAACUCAUGGAUGUUCGCAAGCAUUUCACAGCUAAAUAUGGAAAGGAGUUUAUCUCUAACGCUGUUGAAUUGCGCCCAGAUUGUGGCGUAAGUCGCAUGUUAGUGGAGAAGUUAUCUGCCAAAUCACCUGAUGGCCCUGCGAAGAUGAAAAUCUUGGCUGCAAUAGCAGAGGAACAUAACGUCAAAUGGGAUCCUGAAUCACUUGAAGAGAAAGAGUCCAAGCCUCCAGAGGACCUGCUGCAGAAUGGGCCAAAUACUUUUGGUAGAAUUCCUGCGGAACCUUAUCUUGGCCCACCUCCACCUAAUCAUGAUGUCAAGGCAACUUCUAAUGCUCAGGUUCCACCUCAAAAUUAUGGGAAUUAUGAUCCACCCUCGAACUUUAACGAGCAGAAUGCAAGAUCUUCACCUCACUUUCAGGAUUCUCCUUCUUCAAAUGUUUCUUCCAACAAAGCAACCAGAUCUGGCUCAUUUCAUUCAGAAGUGAGAUCUUCAGGAAAUCAAAAUGAUGGGAUGGAAAAUAGGCAUUUGUCUCCUGAGGAUGGAAGCUCUUCUUCACCGGGUAGGCAGAGCUGGAACAUGCAUUUUAAGGAUGCUGCUUCUGCAGCACAGGCAGCUGCUGAAUCAGCAGAAAUGGCAAGUAUGGCUGCCAGAGCAGCGGCUGAACUUUCAAGAAAACAUUCUUCAGAAUCACGGGAUAAGUUUAGCCAGUCAGCUUCCUUAGCUUCUAGUCGAACUUCCACAAAUGCUCCUUCUGCGCGUAGUCACCAAAUGCAAGAUCGAUAUCCUCACCAAAUGGCAGACCGAGAUUCUCAAAAUAAGUCAUCUGAGUCCGAGAAACGUGAUUUCACAGAUGAAGUGCGUACAAAGAGACAGUCUAGCAACACUAAUGUGCAUGCAAGUGAGAUGCAAAGUGGAGUGAAACCAGAUAAUAUUUCGCAUUUUGGCAAUGUGAGAUCUGAAGAGAAAUCUAAUAGGCCGUCCUCCCAGUCUAAUUCUAUGGGAGAAGUGAGUACGAAGAGACAGUCAAGCAACACUGAUGUGACGCAUGGGAGUGAGAUGCAAACUGGGAACACACCUGAUAACGUGUCUUAUUUUGGCGGUAUGAGAUCUGAAGAAAAAUCUAGUAGGCCUUCCUCCCGAUCUAAUUCAAGCUUUGGUAGUGAAGAUCAAGAAGAUGUUUUAAGAGGGAACUUGGAAGAUAUGAGGACUGGAGAACAAUCUAUGAGGUCCUCCUCUCAUUCUCAUUCAAGAAAUUUUAGUAAUGACCAUGAAAAUGUUUCAAAUGGCUCUGUUGAGGAGUCUUUUGUUAACGAUAUUAACAUCUUCCAAAGCACAAAGGAAACAAAUUCUUAUGGAAAUGCUGCUUUGGUUUUUGAUGACUCCGGUUCGGACGAUGAUAAAUGUAAAUUUGAGGUGGAGGACAACAAGGGGCAAGAAUCUAAUUUGUUUUUUCCUUCACCUGAUAGAAAUUCAUUCUCUCCUUCAGCAGAUUUAGAUCCUUGGAGCUCUAGACAACAGACGGAUGAAGUACAAUUUAAGUACAGUUCACAAUUAAGUUCUUCAUCGGUGAAGCACUUGCCUCCUGUUUUUUCAGAAAAUUUGGCAGGUUCCAUGGACUCUCCACAACAAACUGAUUUGUUGCCUGUUGCUUUCGAUGCUUCAGAUGGCCCAAGUUCAGACAGUGAAGAGGAGUUGGACAAGCUUGCCCAGAGCACAGCUUCUAAAAUUUCUCCUAUGCAGAGCCAAAGUGCAAGUCAUAGGUCAUUAGGAUCUUCAUCCUCGGAGGAGAUAAAUGUGGGUUCUAACAGAAAGCCAGGGUUACUGCCUUCUUUUCGUAAUUUGGAAUCUGCUGAAGUGCCUCCUGAGAGAAGCCAAAGAGUUGAAAAUAGAACGGUCCAGGAGGGAAACUAUGAUUUUGAUGAAUUGCCGACUGGUCAGCCAUCUGUAACGCCUUGGAAAUCUGGAUUAGAUUCAAAUGCCAGGGACGAUGUUCAAGCAUCAAAUUUGCGUCAAACUAUGAAGGAUAGUGAGAUUUCAGAGGGAUGUAGUUGUGUAGAAGACACCGACAAUGAGCUGAGCUUAGGGAUGUUGACAGGUGGGCUGCGAAAUAAGGGUUUAAGGCAUCCGCCGUAUACAAAGAAACUAUCAGGAAACUCUUUGUCUGUCAAACAAGAUACUGGAGAUACCAAGGUUGAGCAACCUUCCUUCUUUCCGUCGGUCAGGACUUCUGUUGUCUCUGAAAGAGAGCAAGGGAGCAAAAGACUGAUCAAGGAACGGAGCACACGAACCCCCGUCUCAUAUGUGGCUUCUGAUGAUGAUUCUUCAGAGGAUGAAUUGUCCCAUAGAACUGUUAGAAGUAGCCAAGACUCGAUAAAACUGAUUCAGGAACGGAGUGCAAGAACCCCUGUCUCAUAUGUGGCUUCUGAUGAUGAUUCUUCAGAGGAUGAAGUGUCACAUAGAACUGUUAGAAAUAGCCAAGACUCGUUCAAUAAAAAAUUGGGACCUGAAGUAAAGGCAAGCUCCAAAUCAACGUUUUCAUUCUUUGAUUCAGAGGAUAGUGAGCCGGAGGAAGAUCUUCUCACAAAGAUUUCCACUAGCAAUGCUCGUCCGAGUGCUAGACUGUCUAGAAGAACACAGCCGUCUUCAAAUUCUGUUAGAAGUUCUAGCUCAAAGACAACAGUUGUGUCUGACGUGUCAGGGACUUCAGACUAUGGAAAACCCUCUUCAAAGAGUUCCUAUGCCACUGAAAUUCAACUAAAGCCCUCGUCCCAGACCAAGAGCUCAGAUCAGGAGUGGAAUAGACCAGCAGAACAAGCGGCUCCUGGACCAGUACGAGAAUCCAAGAGGGUCUCGCCUGUGCAGACUUCAAAUUCAAACAGAAACUCCUCUUUGAGGAGUUUUAAUUCCAAUGAAACUUUACCAAAGCCGUUGUCCCAGACCAAGAGCUCAGAACGCCCAGGAAGUCAAGAGUGGCAUAAACCAGUAGAACAAGUUGUUCCUAAGCCAAUGCCCGAGUCCAAGAGAUCCUCACUUGUGGAGACUUCAAAGUCACAUGGAAACCCCUCGUCAAGGGGUUCAUAUGCCACUGAAAGUCUAUCAAAGCCCUUGUCCCAGACCAGAAGCGCAGAGCGCCCCGGAAGUCAGGAGUGGCAUAGACCGGCAGAACAAGCAGCUCCUAAACCAAUUCGAGAAUCCAAGAGGUCUUCACCGGAAGAUGUAACUUCUAAGUCAUUUGGAAACUCCUCUUCAAGGACUUCAUAUGCCACCGAGACUCUACCAAAUCCCUCGUCCCAGACCAAGAGUUUAGAGCGCCCAGGAAGACAGGAGCGGCAAACAGCAGGAGAACAAGCAGCGCCUAAACCAGUUCUGGAAUCCAGGAGGUCCGCCUCACAUGUAGACACUUCAAAGCCAUUAGCAAGGGCAUCCGAAAUUUCUCAAAAGAUUGAAACAUCUAAGUCCUCAGGUUCUACAGAGAGUUCAUCAAAGGAGAAAGCUUCUCAUGUCCACCCGAAGCUUCCAGACGCUGAUGACAUAAUCGCCAAGUUUAUGGCUCUUAGGAAGAAUCGACAGUAAACAUGGUUCUUACCACAUGCAUAUAUAUAGGAUAUGUGAUCACAUCAGGUUUUGUUAUUCUUUGAUAUGCUUGAAUUUUUUAUGAUUGUCAAAUAAAGCGUUGAUAGCUGUAUCGUUACUUCGCGUCGAAAUUGAGUCUUAUAUUUUCCAGCCAUUGCAAAUAUGAUGAGAUUACAUUUGUUAAGAGAGUUCUGUAAUAAAUACGUAUAGCUUUUUCCCCGA